AUGGGGCUGGAGAUGGAGCCGCUGCUCCAGGCCUGGAGCUACUUCAGGCGGCGGAAGUUCCAGCUCUGCGCGGAUCUCUGUUCCCAGCUGCUGGAGAAAUCCCCCGGACACCAGGAGCCUGAUUCUGAAUUCACUGUUACUCAGGCUGCUUGGAGUUUGAAAACACGAGCUCUAACAGAAAUGGUUUAUGUGGAUGAAAUUGAUAUAGAUCAGGAGGGAAUAGCAGAGAUGAUGCUUGAUGAAAAUGCCAUUGCUCAAGUUGCACGCCCAGGAACUUCUUUGAAACUCCCUGGAACCAGUCAAGGUGGAGGUCCCAGUCCAGCUGUUAGGCCAGUGACUCAGUCAGGAAGACCUGUUACAGGGUUUGUGAGACCCAGCACACAAAGUGGACGACCAGGCACUAUGGAACAGGCUAUAAGAACUCCCAGAACUGCUCAUACUGCUCGCCCAAUUACUAGUGCUUCUGGAAGAUAUGUCAGACUAGGAACGGCCUCUAUGCUCACAAAUCCAGAAGGUCCUUUCAUAAACUUGUCUAGAUUGAAUUUAGCAAAAUAUGCUCAAAAACCAAAGUUAGCAAAGGCAUUGUUCGAAUACAUUUUUCACCAUGAAAAUGACGUUAAGAAUGCUUUAGAUUUGGCUGCACUUGCCACAGAGCAUGCACAGUACAAGGACUGGUGGUGGAAAGUCCAAAUUGGGAAAUGCUACUAUAGGUUAGGAUUGUACCGUGAAGCAGAAAAACAAUUUAAAUCAGCUCUCAAGCAGCAGGACAUGGUAGAUACAAUACUGUAUUUAGCAAAAGUGUAUUUUCGGUUGGAUCAGCCUUUGACAGCUUUACAUCUUUUCAAGCAAGGAUUAGAUAGAUUUCCUGGAGAAGUGACCCUUCUUUGUGGGAUUGCUAGAAUCUAUGAGGAAAUGAAUAACAUCUCCUUAGCUGCAGAAUACUACAGAGAAGUCUUAAAACAAGAUAACACUCAUGUGGAAGCCAUUGCAUGCAUUGGCAGUAACCACUUUUAUUCAGACCAACCUGAGAUAGCUUUGCGGUUUUACAGACGUCUCCUGCAGAUGGGUGUUUAUAACUGCCAGCUAUUUAACAAUCUGGGCCUCUGUUGCUUCUUUGCCCAGCAGUAUGAUAUGACACUGACCUCCCUUGAACGUGCACUUUCUUUGGCUGAAAAUGAGGAGGAGGCAGCAGAUGUUUGGUACAACUUGGGGCAUGUGGCUGUGGGAAUAGGUGACCUGAACUUGGCUUACCAGUGUUUCAAGCUGACCCUAGCCAAUAAUAAUGACCAUGCAGAAGCUUAUAACAACUUGGCUGUGCUGGAGAUACGAAGGGGUCAUGUUGAGCAGGCAAGAGCAUUACUGCAGACUGCUUCAUCUUUAGCACCUCAUAUGUAUGAGCCCCAUUUCAAUUUUGCAGCACUCUCUGACCAGGUUGGAGAUCUCCAGAGGAGUUAUAUAGCUGCUCAGAAGUCAAAGGAAGCAUUUCCAGGUCAUGUUGAUACACAACAGCUCAUCAAACAGUUAAAACAGCACUUCGCCAUGCUUUGA